AAACCUAAAAAAAAGAACAUUUAUAUUCAAUCUAAAACCCUAGCUCGCUUCACCUCCUUUUUAUUAUCUCCUUCCUUCACUUUCUCUCUCUUCAUUGCAGUUCCGCCUCUCUUCAACCAUGGCUCCAAAGAAGGAUACUAAGGCUGCACCUUCAUCAAAACCGGCUAAAUCUGGUGGUGGAAAGCAGAAGAAGAAGAAGUGGAGUAAGGGAAAGCAAAAGGAGAAGGUGAACAACUUGGUGUUGUUUGAUAACGCUACUUUUGACAAGCUUCUUUCUGAAGCUGCUAAGCAGAAGGUCGUUACUGCUGCUACUCUUUCUGAGCGUUUCAGGAUUAAUGGGUCUCUUGCAAGGAGGGCAAUCAGAGAGCUUGUGACAAGGGGUGCUAUUAAGAUGGUAGCUCAUCACUCAAGCUUGCAGAUUUACACCAGAUCAACCAAUGAGAAAGUAGUUGCUGCUGCUUAAUUUCUUUAGUACAUCUGAUGGUUGCCAUGGGCAGCUAGUUUUGAUCAUCAUCUUGUAGGAUAAUUUUGUUUUUGACACCUUUCUUUGAGGCAAAUACUCGACUAGAACUCUUAGCCUUCGAGAAAUUAUUUUAUUUCCAUCGUUGAACUUUCUACUCUCAGUGUGUUAAGAAUGCAAAAUUUCUAUUAGGAAGUGCUUUUUUUUCAUGAUUCUCA